UCAGUGUUUCAUUCGAAGAGAAGAACGAGUCGAUCGAUUACGACUACUUCUUUGUAAGCUUGCCCGUUCCUACUGAACGUGUGGUGGGUAUGGAAGAGGGUGAUGACUAUGAGGAGUAUGUGCCGGUGGCAAAGCGUCGAGCUUUGGAAGCACAGAAGAUUCUGCAGAGAAAGGGGAAAGCUUCUGCGAUGGAAGAUGAGAUGGAGAACGCGAAGCUCGCCGAGGUCAAGCCGAGUCUCCUGGUAAAGUCUUCUCAGCUUAAGCGAGAACAGCCGGAGAUUAGUCAGGCAGAGCAGCUUGUGCAACAAGAGAAAGAGAUGAUUGAACAUUUGUCGGAUAGGAAGACCCUCAUGUCAGUUCGUGAGUUGGCGAAGGGGAUUACUUAUACGGAGCCAUUGUUGACUGGUUGGAAGCCUCCAUUGCCGAUUAGGAGGAUGUCUAAGAAGGAAAUGGACUUGAUCCGGAGGCAGUGGCAUAUAAUUGUUGAUGGUCUAGAGAUACCUCCACCCAUUAAGAAUUUUAAGGAUAUGAGGUUUCCUGAUCCGAUUCUGAAGAUGUUGAAAGCUAAAGGAAUUGUGCAACCUACACCUAUUCAAGUGCAAGGUCUUCCAGUGAUUCUGGCUGGUAGAGAUAUGAUAGGGAUAGCGUUUACAGGAUCUGGGAAGACCCUUGUGUUUGUGCUGCCUCUGAUCAUGAUUGCGCUGCAAGAGGAAAUCAUGAUGCCCAUUGUUCCGGGAGAGGGUCCGUUUGGAUUGAUUGUCUGCCCAUCAAGAGAACUUGCUAGGCAAACAUAUGAAGUGGUGGAGGAAUUUUUGACUCCUAUGAGAGUCGCUGGAUAUCCUGAAUUGAGGGCUUUGCUUUGCAUUGGUGGGGUAGAUAUGCGGUCGCAAUUGGAGGUCGUCAAAAGGGGUGUCCACAUUGUGGUUGCCACUCCUGGAAGAUUGAAGGAUAUGCUGGCUAAGAAGAAAAUGAAUCUUGAUAACUGCAGGUACUUAACUUUGGAUGAGGCAGAUAGAUUAGUUGAUUUGGGCUUUGAAGAUGAUAUCAGGGAGGUUUUUGACCACUUCAAAGCUCAACGCCAGACUCUUUUGUUUUCUGCUACUAUGCCUACCAAAAUUCAGAAUUUUGCUAGGAGUGCACUGGUAAAACCGGUUAUUGUUAAUGUUGGAAGAGCAGGAGCAGCGAAUCUUGAUGUUAUUCAGGAAGUGGAGUAUGUAAAGCAAGAAGCGAAAAUAGUUUAUCUUCUUGAAUGUCUUCAGAAGACCCCACCUCCUGUUUUAAUAUUUUGUGAGAAUAAAGCUGAUGUGGAUGACAUUCAUGAGUAUCUCCUUCUCAAAGGAGUCGAAGCAGUGGCUAUUCAUGGAGGCAAGGAUCAAGAAGAGAGAGAGUAUGCCAUUUCUUCCUUCAAAGCUUUGAAGAAGGAUGUCUUGGUUGCAACAGAUGUUGCCUCUAAGGGGUUGGAUUUUCCAGAUAUACAGCACGUCAUAAACUAUGACAUGCCCGCUGAAAUAGAAAAUUACGUACAUAGGAUUGGACGAACUGGAAGAUGUGGUAAAACUGGAAUUGCUACAACAUUUAUAAACAAGAACCAGAGUGAGACAACCCUUUUGGAUUUGAAACAUCUCCUCCAAGAAGCAAAACAGAGGAUUCCACCUGUUUUGGCAGAGCUAAGUGAUCCAAUGGAAGAUUUGGAGGCUAUAAACGAUGCAAGUGGUGUUAAGGGCUGUGCGUACUGUGGUGGUCUUGGUCAUCGUAUCCGAGAUUGCCCGAAGUUAGAGCAUCAAAAGAGCGUGCAAAUUGCCAGCUCUAGGAGGGAUUACUUUGGGUCUGGGGGUUAUCGGGGGGAAAUCUGAUGUAUACCUUGCUCUCAUAUGCAUUGCUUCAGUUGAUAGCUGGUAUGAAAAUUUUCUGUACCUUCUUGUUUGUGUGACUUGAAAUAGAAAGUAGUAUUGUUGGUGAAGGCACAGUGAAGUUGCUGUUUAUGGUAAACUUUUGUUGCAGCUGAUUAAUAUAUUUGAGAAUCACUUAUAAUGCAAA